CUCCAAGUCUGCAGACAAUCCGCAUCAAGGAAGAAGAAAAGAGGCCGAGGAGUUUUCUAUCCUUGGUGUCAUCACCGAUUAGAAAAGCCAUAGUCUAGGAUGCCAAUUGAUUAGAAGGGUCGUUAUUAUCUGCUGCUUCCUAGUGAUCGGCUAUUCUCCCGCCUUCAGGAACGGUGUCGAUCUCUGAUAACACCAACAUCACCAAAAACCCCAUUUCACGUUGAAAUAUUUUAACCAUAUGAUACAUACGCUCUUUCCAAAAAGUUUUCCAACGCGGUCAGCCAAAUCUCACGAGAAUUUGUACCAAAUUUCGUCCCAGCGAGUCUUCUUUUCAGCCCCGCCCCGCUUACAGAUUUAUCUGUGCCGCACCCACUGAAUUCUGCUAUCUAUACCAAGUGCUGUUUCUAGAAUCACCCUGAGUCUGUUUCCUAUUUUUGCUUUCAAAUUCAGCUCCGGAAAAAUCGCUAUAUUCAUGGAGGUACAAUUUCGUUACUGCGAAACCAAAAGUCAGCCGCUGCUUGGGUAGAAGCUCCAUGUCCAGAGAAGGUACCCCUCGUAUUCAAGGAUAGCUGCCUGUGGUAUCGCAAACCCGAUAAGUCGCCAUGCGCACUUCAACAGUCGGAUGGGUUCGCACAGCGGGUUUGGCGGCUGCAAAUACACGAGGGAUAUUGGCGCCUUCAUCGAAUUUAAAAGACGACCAAGAAGUUUCGGUUAUUUCAAAUUUGGGCCAGUCGGUUCAAAAGAUCGCAGAACUGGCGCAAAAUGUUAUUGUGACGGUUUUCGCAAGCGAAUCAAUAGAAGUCGAAGUUGGACACGAGAACGAAAAUACAAACGAUGCCCUCGAGCCGAAACAACAUGCGAAAAUAGUGACGAGGACGAUCGAAUCCACAGUGACAUCCGCGCAUGCCAAGAUCACACCGGGGCCUUCAUUAUUCAAACGGAAACUUGGUUCGAAUAAAUGGGCUUUGAUACAUGAGGGCAUACAAGGACAGAAAAGAGAUGCGACGCAGUGUCCGGUAGACUAUCAACUAUGUCCGAAAUCGCUGAACGGGGGUUGUUGUCCCAAUGAUCGAGUUUGCGGAGCGAGUAGUUGUUUACCCACAAGUGCUGCUCCUGCUUCCGCUUGUGGAAUCUCGGGAUACAUCGCUUGUGGGGCAUCCGAUGGUGGUAAGUCACUUAUAAGAAUCUUAUUGAUCCUGUCAAAUGUCUAAUCCAAAAGUAGGUGGUUGUUGUCCCGGAGGAUUUGUAUGUGGCCAAGCCGGAUGUAGCCCUUCUGCUGGUGUAUCAGCUAGCCAGACAUGCGGCGCAAAUUUGUAUCAGUGUGCAGCGUCGUUUGGUGGAGGAUGCUGCAAGAAUGGAAUGGGAUGCGCUGUUAGUACUUGUUAUGUAACAAGUAUAUCGACAUUUACUCUGCUCGAGACGAUCACUACGAUAGACGCCAGUUCCAAUCCUGUGACUCAAAUAAACACCAAAAUCACAGCAACGACCCCCGUUACACCAACUGCAACAGUACCUUCCAAUGAAAAUUUAGUGACCAAGCUCCCUCCAUCAGCAGUACCAGUAGCGAAGACGGAAGCCACCGGCGUUUCGAAAAGCGACAGCACUGGACUUACCACCCCAAUGAUCGGUGGCAUUAUUGGAGGUGCUAUUGGGUUUCUUGUAAUAAUCCUAAUUAUUGCUACUUUCAUCAUCCGACGUCUAAAUAAGGUAGUCAAGGUGACAGAAGCUACAAAUUCGCGAACAUCGUCAAGUGGUCCUCGGUCAGGCCGGUCAAGGCCGAGAGCUCCUUCAAACCAAAUGUUAGAGGUGGACCAAUUAUCAGUUGAUCCAUUGAUGAUGACGCCUUCGGAGUCUAGUGGUAUUGUCAGACGCCCUUCUCAUCAAUCAUCGAGUAUCUAUAGUGCUGCACAUGAAGUGGAAGCCAAUUCCCCAAGACCUCUCUUUAAUACUUACAGCCCCUUCUCCCCGCAACCACCCUCGCAUACACAUUAUCCAGGAGGUUACGAUCCAGUCUCGACUUCAGAUUCUCCCAACUCUCAAAAUUAUUACAGACAUGAUCGUGAGCCAUCACUGGAGCCAUCGCCUCCAACAUCAGUGAAUCCGAAUGGAGGCUACUUUGACCUCCCCAUCCAAUCCAACAGGGGUUCCCAAGGCUCAAUAUUUACUCGAAGACCCAGUGCUCACGGUCGAAAUUGGAGUAAUUCUAGCGACCAAAGUAAUGUCAGUCAGAUGUCCGAUCCCGUUGAACUAGAGGCAUCACUCGACGAUGGGCGACGCUCAAGUCUUUCGCGAGCGCUUUACGGGUUAGGAAUGGGAGGAAUGUCCCGAAUUGUCAGUCGCAAACUUAGUGGCGGUAGCGGUUCCAGCAGCAGCGCAAUUGUCCAACGUGCACAAUCAAAGCGGACUUCACCUUGGCAAAUACCUGCCUCUCCUACGGCUUUGGGUCAUAUAGCCGAAGCUUCCGAAAGUCAGUAUCACGUUGAUGACAUUCAAUCAGCGCUUAUGAGACAACAAGGUCUCAGUGGCUCGCAGCUACGAGAAGCCGGAAUGAGUAAUUCUCAAUUGAGAGAAAUGACAUUGUUUGAGGCAAAUCCUUAUACGGAUCAUAACGCACCUCCAAAACCAAGGCCCGCGCCGAAGGAUUAUGAUGAUGAGGGUGGUGGGGGAGGGAAACAUAUGACUUACGGGUGAUUUCUUUCAAGUUCUAUCCAUACACUCCUGCUUUCGGAAAGGGUUUCUGGGGAAUACACACAGGUCUGGCAUAGGGAAAUAACAUA